AUGGCGCAGGAGGAGGUCCACGACGCCGGCCUGGCGCUGGGACUGUCCCUGGGCGGAGGGGGCCGAGGCGGAGGCGACGGGUCGUCGUCGGCGCACCGCGGCAACAACAGCAGCAGCCGGCUGACCCUGUGGGAGGCGGCGCCGUCGCUGGAGCCGUCGCUGACCCUCAGCAUGCCGGAAGACACCACCAUGACCAGCACCGCGUCCGGCGGCGUGUCGUCCAUGUCAGUGGGGGGCGCGGUGAAGAGGGAGCGCGCGGAGGAGGCGGACCUGGGCGAGAUGGUGUCGUCCACGGCGGCCGGCGCCGAGGAGGACGACGACGGCAGCACGCGGAAGAAGCUGAGGCUCACCAAGGAGCAGUCCGCGCUCCUGGAGGACCGCUUCAAGGAGCACAGCACCCUCAACCCGAAGCAGAAAGUGGCUUUAGCCAAGCAGCUAAACCUCAGGCCAAGGCAGGUGGAAGUCUGGUUCCAGAACAGAAGAGCCAGGACGAAGCUGAAGCAGACGGAGGUGGACUGCGAGUUCCUGAAGCGCUGCUGCGAGACGCUCACCGAGGAGAACCGCCGGCUGCAGCGGGAGCUGCAGGAGCUCCGCGCCAUCAAGUUCGCCCCGCCGCCACCGCCCAACAACGCCAGCCAACACCCCGGGACGCCGUCCUCCGCCGCGGCCCCUCCGGCGCCGUUUUACAUGCAGCUGCCGGCCGCCACGCUGACCAUCUGCCCGUCCUGCGAGCGCCUCGGCGGAACCGCCGCCACCGCCGCCGGCAAGGUCGACCCCGACAGGCCCAAGGCCGCCACCCACCACUUCUUCAACCCCUUUACCCACUCCGCCGCCUGCUGA